AUGGGCAGGGAUGUCGUCUGGUAUCUCUUGCUUCUCUCCAUUCCCGUCCUCGUCUUGUUCCAUCUCUCCGUCGCCCCCUACACCAAGGUAGAGGAAUCCUUCCACAUCCAAGCUGUCCAUGACCUACUGCAUUCCGGAAUUCCCACUCGCAAUGUCGCCGACACCCUCCGCUCCGAAUAUGAUCACUUCUCCUUUCCAGGUGCCGUGCCGCGGACCUUUGUUGGCGCCGUCGCCCUGUCGGGGUUGUCGCGGCCGUGGAUCGCCUUGAAAGCCGGCAUCGAUCGACAAUGGCUGGCACGCGCCAUUCUGGGGAUCGCCAACUCGUUCGCCCUGAUGUCAUUCGCCUCCGGCGUGCGUCGCGCCUUCGGACAGACCACCGCCGUCUGGUAUCUACUCUUCCAGGCCAGCCAGUUCCAUGUGAUCUACUACGCCUCGCGCACCCUCUCCAACAUGUUCGCCUUUGGCAUCGCGACGGUAGCCCUGCGAUGCAUCCUCCCGGAGCCCGUGGCGCCCCGCGUCUACUGGCGACGGUGCCGUCUAGCCCUGUUCCUCCUCACCGUCGCGGGCAUCAUCUUCCGCUCGGAGCUGGCCCUCCUCCUAGCGACCACAACCAUCGCGCUCUUCUGCGCCGGUCGCAUCGACAUCGUCCGCGACAUCAUCCCCGCGGGGGUACUUGGCGUUCUCGUCGGUCUGGCCUGCACCGUCGGCGUGGACUCUUUCUUCUGGCAACGCGUCCCGCUCUGGCCUGAGCUAUCCGCCUUCCAAUUCAACGUAGUCUCCGGCCACGCCUCCGCGUGGGGCACCCAGCCCUGGCACUUCUACUUCACCAACGCCCUCCCGCGCCUCCUCCUCAACCCACUCACCUACCUCAUCGGCCUCCCCUACGCAUUCAAAAAGCCCGCCACUCGCAGCGCAGCCACCUACAUCCUCCUCCCACCCCUCGCCUUCAUCGCCCUCUACAGCACCCAACCCCACAAAGAAUGGCGCUUCAUCCUCUACGCCAUCCCCCCACUGACAGCGACCUCCGCCCUCGGCGCCUCCUACAUCUGGACCCGCCGGGCCAAGACCACCCUCAACAGACUCCUCUCCCUCACCCUCAUCGCCUCAACCCUCGCCUCCUUCCUCCUCUCCAACCUCAUACUCCUCCCCGCCUCCGCAGCAAACUACCCCGGCGCAGUCGCCCUGCGCACCCUCCACGCAAACGCCCACAACACCCAACCCGCCAUCUCAGUCCACCUCGGCAACCUCGCCUGCCAAACAGGCAUCACCCGCUUCCUGCAGAAGCCCCCCACGGAAACACGCCUCGUCAUGGCCGCCCCCGCCGGCGCAGGCCUCCCAACCCUCCGCCACGCCCGCUCCACCUGGUCCUACGAUAAGACGGAGGACCCAGCACGCACCGCGGACCCCGCCUUCUGGUCCCCCUUUGACUACAUCCUCGUUGAGCCGAACGAGCAGCACACGAACCCCGGGCUGGUUGCUUCGGGCCCCUGGGAACCGCUAGAGACGGUGGACGGGUUCGCGGGUGUAGCCAUCGUUAAACCCGGUGAGGAAGCAGCUGGUACGGUCGAAGAGCGCGUGUUGCGCGAGUUUCUGGGAGAGCGCGCUGUUGAUGUUUGGGAAGGGAUUCGGGAUUGGAUUAGACGGCGGGUGACGCGUGGUUGGUGGGUGGAGUUGAGAAUGCAGCCGAGGAUUAUGAUUUUGAAGAGGAGGGGUGGAGUAGUGGAGUAG